AUGGACGCCAUUAGGACGCUUCGAUCUUCUCUCACUCGAGCACUAGAGAACAGCUUCGAUGAGGCUAUCAGGAAUGUGAAAGCCGAGAUUUCCUACCGCGAUGCGAAUGCACAUACAGCUGAACAGAGGGCUACGAAUGCCGAGAAAGAACGGAGUAGGGCUUUGGAAGAGUUGGACUCGCUGAAAGAUGCCAUCACUCUCCUACGUGAAGAGCUACGCCUUACCGACUUUGGGUCCGAAGACGAUAAAGUUUCUACGAAGAAGUUUCGUGACUUUGAAGCAGCAUAUGCCCCAAACCAGGUCUUACAACACUUCAGCCAUGCCUUCGGUGGUGAUGUCUCUGGUAUCAAUCCGUACGAGAUCAAAGCCGUUACUGAAGCAUAUACGGCCCUAUAUGGGGAGGCUCAGGAGCUUGUUAUGGCCUCGUGCGAGCUCAGAAAACAAGUCAAAAGAUACAAGGGAAAGUUAAAGUUCUGGCAAAAGUGUCUCGAGCUUGAUAAAUUCACUUUGGUGCUCGAAGGCACAGCAAUUGAGUUCAGAUGUACUGGAAAGGUCUCUAUUGAUACCCAGAGAAAGUCGCGGGCCACAAACCCAACCAUUUCUGUUCCCGUGUCGGGCUUAAAUGAUCAUGACAUUGCGGAUGAAGCCGCGAUCUCCCCACCGGAGACCUUGAGAACGAACCAUCCUGAUAAUAGUGGUGCAGGGCAUUGGGACGCGAAGAACAGAGACCAGAGCAAAUGCAACGGCUCGAUUCGAUUGUCACCAGCGCAAUCAACACUAACACAGUCGGGUUUGUCCGAAAAUGAGAACGUUAUUCCAACUGCCCAAGUUUCUAUGUCGGGGAUGAAAGCACCAGAGUCCGAGUCUAUAAUAUCGCAAAAUGUCCCUAAAGCCUUCAUGAACCGGUAUUCAACCUUGACCACAGGUGUAAGAAACGCGGCAUUGGAUUCUACUUUGGUCAAAGAUGAAGAUCUGUCUCCAGAACCGUCGCCCAAACUAUCAUCUGCGGUAAGGACUAUGGGUACCCAAGAUCUAGACGAAGUGGGUAGUACUGUCGAAACCCCCAGAAAGAGGAGGAAAGUUCGAGAUAGUGAAGUACGAGGCGAUCUCCUGAGAACAACUACCCCAGCAAUCAGUGAAGUUAGUCGAGAUGCACGUCCACCUCCGCCACUAUCUCUCUCCUCCCCAAAACAACCUGUUAUGCUGAAGUCCAGCAAUGCCAACCCUGGAGGUGGAAGAUGUGCUCGGUCGCCAGAGAAACCUCAAGAAGGAGCUCAAAGGUCACCCGCAUAUGCCCACAUAUCUUCAAUCCUUGAAGACGGCGAUGAAAACUUCUCGAGUCUACCUUCAAGGAAGUUGCACAGAGCAUUAGAGGCAGGAGCUUCAGGUCUCACCCCAGGUUUUGGCAGCGAAGCUACCACUGAUCAGCGUCUGCAGGGUCUGCUCGAGGGGCAGUCACCUGCCAAGUUGGAGUUGCAAUCACUGCUAAGGAACUCGGGCGUUUCAGACAGGGCCCUCAAGCGUCCUUUCGCAAUAAUGGAAGAAACACCCACACUAAAUUACAAUCCCGAUGGGUUUGACAUAGCAGAAAUGCCGCAAAUAGCCCCGAACAAUGGAGCUUCGAGAACCGAAUCCGUCAAUAAUUCCCUGUUGUCUACAAGGGACACUGCAGUCCACCCCGCAGGAGGUUCUAUAAGAGCACGGCCGGUUCAACAUCUUGACCUCAAAGACUUCAGAAUCAACCCCGACUUCAAUCAAGGUUAUGACUAUGCAUUUCACCGUGUGGUUCACAAGAAGACUGAAGGGAAAUGUGUCAAGGGAUGCACCCGUUACGAUUGCUGUGGGAAGAAAUUUCUAGGUUUGGCACGAAUGAGUGGCCUUCCAGCAGAUGCAACAUGCUCCGUUCAGCUGCGCGAAAUGAAUGACCGGAAAAUCCUUGAAGAAUUUGUUGGCGACAAAGAACAUCUGUCCAGUGAAUUGAGUGUGGAGGACCGGAAUCAUCUCUUACAAGAAGCAAAGGCCAGGCUGAUAGCUAAUGAAUUUGGGAAACACAAGCAGCAGCAUCAACGUGCCGGGUCUCCACCCGGGUUUUGGCGUACUGAUAUGCCUAGCACCCAAGAAUUGGAACGCGACCACCAGGAAGCCAGGAGGCUCGAGAAGGACCUGGUGAAGGACAGGUAUAGAGAAGCAAUGCGGCCGGGAGGUCUUUGGAAAUUUGCAGAUGACACUCCAGCCGAGCCUGGCUGCACCCCAAAACGGCCUGCUUCCGUUCGCCGCUCUGAACCUUUAGCGACAUCAUUUGUACUAUUGAUUCUCCCCUUUGUGGAGAUGGACGCUACAUGCGAGACUGAGAGUGCCGCCUCUGCUGCCCUGCUACGACCUUCAAGAUGGUUGCUGUUGUACGAAGAAUUUGUAACCAAGAACGCUAGCUCCGUAAGCCAGAUAGAGUCGGCGCUGAGAUCCUUAACAUAUAUCAUUCCAGGGCGAUACCGAGACUCGGAAAUAAGUUCAGAGUGUGUACAUUCGGGAGUCCAGCUACUGUCCCUUUAUCACGAUGCUCUUGUUUCUCGAGUUGUUUCCAGAUUAUCGCCGACUAUCCCGCGGCCGAUACCGACUCCUCACACGCGAUAUACUAAAUAUUGGACGUCUCGCUCUUCGCUCUAUCAUAAAGUUGCACUCGCAUUACAGAUGGUCCAGUACACAGAACUGCUCUGGGAGAUGAUUGCCCGUCGACGUGGGGAGAAGAUCCGUUGGCGCGUCGUCAUCUUCAUUGAAGCCAUCAAGGCGGUCUGUCGUCUAUUACUUCUUCGUCUUACAAAGUCCAGGCCAUUGGUGACCCCCCCGCUGCCUGAGAGAGACAUUGAUCCCAGAUCGCUAGACAAAGUGGACGGCGAUUGGAAUGGGAUGCAAACGCCCGUUAGCGAACGACCGUCAGAUUUGAGCUGGACAAUGCCUCGGACGGGCUUAUCUCUCCCGUCGCUGCCAGAAGUAAAUGAUGUCUCCCACUUCCUGAUAUCCAAGGUCCUCACCGCCGACGAUAUUAAAACCCCUAAGGCUCUAUUGCAUCGCGUUACUGGCCAAGGACAACUAGCUGAAGUUUUAUACAUCCUUCGGCCAGUGGUCUACGCGCUAGCGUUGCAAAAAUACAGCGAAAGCAGGCAUAGCUGGAGACCUUGGUUGGUUGGAUUUGGCCUAGAAUAUGUGUGCCGACAGCUUGCUAAGUCUGACUUUCGAGAAAGAGUUGCCGGCGGCCUUCGAGGACUGACUGGACUUGAACGUGAAGAACUCAGAAAAAGAGGCUGGGCGAUGGGUUGGUGGGCCAUGCGGGGGGCUUUCUAUACGAAUUUGACCAGACCUUGGCUACGGAGUUUGACUGGGAAGAUGAAGGGCAAGCCCCUGCUUGACCUGGUGGGCAGCGUCAUUGACGACUACGAAUACUUAUGGGAUAAUUACUAUUUCUCAAGUGCGACGUUAUGA